AUGCGCCCGGCUGCUUCCGACAUCGACUGGGCAGCCGUCCGCCAUGCCUUGCUCGGCUUCGCGCUCCUCGCCGGGGUGAAACUCGUCGCAUUCGCCUUCGACCGCGGCGUGGAAACCUACGUCAGUCUGGUUCUGCGCCUCUUUUCCGACGACGAGCCAUGGACGCCGUACGACGACCUCGCCGUGCCGAACGUGCCGCCGCCCGUCCUCGACUGGAACCGGUGCGCGCAGCUCCACAACCGCAUCGUCGAGCUGGGCUGGCAGGGCCAUAACAACGGCAGCGGGAGAGAUGCGGCAACGCGGGACAAGACGACUUGGUGGGCCAAGCACCAGCACGAGGCCGAGCGAAUCCAAGAGCGCCUCACGCCGGGCUUGGUGGAAUUCCUGCAGCGCGCCCAGAUGCCCGAGGAAGGCUUAGCCUUCACCUACGAGCUAUCCGGCCUCGCGGACCCGGCGACCAUGUUCGCGCACCUCGACAACUUCGACGAGGGCGAGUACACGCUGCUGCUCUACGAGGCGGCGUGGGACGUGAGCGGCGACAUGUUCGGCCUGGUGUUCGACAAGUUCCAAACGUCGGUGCAUUUCUUCCCGUGGCUGGACGCGGACGUGCGGUCCGACGACGUGAACUGGUUUCCGCUGGAGCUGGCGCUGGGGACGUACCUUGGCACGAUCGAGGCGGGCAAGUACGUCGCCAUGUCGCCUGAGCGGCUGCUCGAAGCAGCGGUUGAAACGCUCCCGACGCACUCACCGCCGUGGGCCAAGAUGGCGUGGGAGAUCAACGGCGGCAUCGAGAGCACCGUCGCCAAGCUCGACCUCCUGGUGCAAGCCAUCUGGCAGCGCAUGCCGGCGGAGGCCCAGACCGAGCAACGUCAGCUCAGACGCCGGCAACGCAUGAUCUCCGAGACAGCGUAUAGUGGUGCAGUAGCCGCAGCCGCCGCCGCCGUCCCCGGACACAGCUUCCGCCAACAACUCCUGACUCAAAGCCUUGGCUGCCCCUUCGACUACAUCGCGCCGGGCCUCAGAUGCCCGACGGACGAGACCAUCGCAUCGAUAUUGGCUGAUGAGCCGCCGGUGCCGGAGUCUUACGCGGCGAGCGGAGGAGAAGUCUCGGCGCUGCCAGUGCUCCUGUUUCCAUCGGACGAGAGAGUGCGCGACGACGUCGACGGUGGAGACUUCUACGGGUGGUACAACUCGACGCUCACGGGGGUGCUUGGCGGGCUGUACCUGGACGGCGCAUCGCACCACGCCGGCUGGCAGGACGGCGUGCAGCUCGUGACGCCCUUCCCCGUCGGGGGCCAGGAGGAAUCUUGGGCCCGGACGGGUGAUGGCCGCGAGAUCAGGGACUAUCCUUGGCGCACGUAUGGCGAAACGCGCGCGGCUCAUGGGUCUGAGGCAUACGUCUCGCUCUUCCAGCUUGGCGACAAUGCGUUCACGUAUUCGCAUCACACGAGCCUGGUCCUCGUGCUCGAUCUCUGGAUCGAUCUGGUCGAGAGCGGCAUCUGGGCGGUCGGGCCCGACGGCGUUGAAGGAGGCAUGGACGUGUUCAGGAUGGCCGACGAGGAGGAGCACUGGUGGAGAUACUGCGUGCCACCAGCGUCCCGUUAG